AUGGCUUCCGAUUCAAACCCCAAAGGGGGUAUGUCUCUCUAUGGACAUCUUCUUGAUCCAUCAAGCGACAAGCCAGGAACUAUUUCUCGUGCCCCAGUGGUCUUUAACCAGAGCUCGGAGACUGAGGCGCAACCCGACGACCCGGCGGGCAAAAAGCAACUGAAUGCUGCUUCUCUCCGGUUCCAGCCUACAAGAAGGCCACAGCUCUCCGCGCAGAAGUCCAAGCCGAAGUCUACGUUACCCAAGGCGACGCCACAUCCCACACCCACUCAAGCCCCAAAUUCUUCGUCAGCACCUACUUCGAAGAGCACUUUAGCCGAAUGGGCAGCUUUAGAAGACGAUGACCACGGAUACCAGGGCGAGAAACGACAGCGCGGCGGCAGGAAGAAGCGCAAGAAGACCCGCGAAGAGCAUAUUAUUCAGAACUGGGACGAUAUUUAUGAUCCAUCGCGACCAAACAACUAUGAAGAAUAUCGACACAGCGAUGAAAAGAUCAUGGAAGUCCGCGACUGGAAGAAUCGCCUAUACGCGCAUCGGAUGAGACGCUCGCUGAGCCGAGACUCAGACAGCGAUGAGGACAAUAGGCCAAUGAACCGACAAUUUGCACCCCCAAGCAGUUUUGCCCCGCCACCAAAUCUCAACAAUGCGCUACUCUCACCCUCAUCAACGUCUGUUCCUGAUGAUGCCUCUGGCGAAGAUGCCUUUGCACGACGUGCACGCCUCGGCCAGUCUUCCGGCCUUGGACAGCAAGUUCCACCGCCUCCGCCUGAAGAUUCUAACCCUCCUCCCCACGACCCCACCGUUCAAGACGCAUAUAUGCGGCCAUUCCAGAAAGCCAACAACCUAUCAUCAGAAAACAACGUACCGCCUCCUCUACUAUCACAACCCCUUGAUAAAUUCCAGCCUAGUGCCGCCACAAUCUCCCGUGCUCCAGUCAGAUACGCUCUACCUGCGCCGCCAGAAGAUAUUCCUGCAUCGGAAGCUGAGCUUGAAGCUGCAUUGGCCGAAGAAGAGCCAGCAGAUGAAGAUGAACAAAGCGAGAAUGCACCACGCUCUAAUCGCCCAGGACAAAAAGGAUUCGCGGAGCGAUUGCUUUCUAAGUAUGGCUGGACUAAGGGAUCUGGACUUGGUGCUACGGGUUCUGGCAUCAAGAACCCGCUCCAGGUGAAGGUUGAAAAGCGCAAGAAACGACCUGACUCAGAGGGUGGGGGCUUUGUUACCCCCGCUGGACGAGGCAAGAUUAUUGGAAGCAAGAAACUAGGCGGCUACGAGAGCAAAUUUGGCCCCAUGGGCGAAGUAAUUGUUCUGCGAGGCAUGUUGAAUGGAAUGGAUCUGCAGUCUGAACUGGAGACAAGUGAAGGUGGAGGAUUGAUGCAGGAAAUUGGCGAGGAGUGCAAUGAGAAGUAUGGAACUGUCGAGAGAGUCUACAUUGCUUGUGAUGUCGGAACUCCUGCUCCUGUCUUUAUUAAGUUCACAAGUCCGCUAUCUGCUUUACGGGCUGUCAAUGCUCUAGAGGGUCGAAUCUUCAAUGGAAACACAAUUGAAGCGCGAUUUUUCAACACUGAGAAAUUCGACCAGGGAAUUUACACUGUCUAA